CGGAAUUGGCGGAUAAGGAGGAAAUCGAGCUUCAAGGAGAGGAGAGAGGGGACACUGAAGGGGUAUAUAAUCAAGGUCAAUUCCCUACCAGACAGUUCUCAUCCAGCAGCAUCUCCAAACAGCUCCCACCUCAGACUCCAGGCAUCUCCCAGUCUCUCUUCAAAUCAUUACCUCACAAACAUCUCUCUAUCAAGAUGAAGACCACUGCUCUCUUGACCGCUGGCUUGCUGGCCACCUCUGCUAUGGCCGCUCCUCUGACGGCCAAGCGCCAGGCUGCUCGGGCCAAGCGCUCCACGAACCGCCAGAGCAACCCGCCCUUCAAGCCUGGCACCAACGAGGUCCUUACCCUCAAUGGCACCAAGAACGUCGAGUACAGCUCCAACUGGGCUGGUGCCGUCCUGAUUGGCACUGGCUACACUGCCGUGACCGCCGAGUUCGUCGUGCCCACCCCCUCGGUGCCCUCUGGUGGCUCGAGCCGCGAGGAAUACUGUGCCUCCGCCUGGGUGGGCAUUGACGGUGACACCUGUGACACCGCUAUCCUCCAGACCGGUGUGGACUUCUGUGUCCAGGGCAGUGAGGUGAGCUUCGAUGCCUGGUACGAGUGGUACCCCGACUACGCCUACGACUUCAGCGACAUCUCCAUCUCGGCCGGUGAUACCAUCAAGGUCACCGUCGAUGCCAGCAGCGACACCACUGGUACCGCCACGAUUGAGAACGUGAGCACCGGUACCACGGUCACCCACAGCUUCACUGGGGGUGUUGAUGGCGAUCUGUGUGAGUACAACGCUGAGUGGAUCGUCGAGGACUUUGAGGAGGAUGACUCCCUGGUUCCCUUUGCCGACUUUGGCACCGUGACUUUCACCAGCUGCUCCGCUACCAAGGAUGGCUCGUCCGUUGGUCCUGAGGAUGCCACCAUCAUCGACAUCGAGCAGAACGAAGUUCUGACCUCCGUUUCCGUCAGCGAUAGCGAGGUUGUUGUCAAGUACGUCUAAGGCGUUGGAGAUGUGAGGCUUGAGAUUGUUGAAGCUUCGAUGGAUGUAAUCCGAAGGCAAUGGUGAGAUGAGUGACGGAAAGGAGGGGUUAGUCUUUUG